AUGUUGGGGAUUUCUGAGAUCUGUAUGGCUCUAGUAGUAUGUCUCCUGAUUUUGCAGUUCCUAAAGCUGCAAUGGAUGUGUACCCAGCUUCCUCCAGGACCAGUUCCUCUCCCCAUCAUUGGAAAUUUGUGGCUGCUGGACUUCAAACUUCGUCGAGAAACUCUCACUAAGUUAACCAACAUCUACGGAAACAUCUACACGCUGUGGAUGGGACAGACACCUAUGGUUGUACUGAAUGGAUACAAAGCAGUAAAAGAUGGCCUUGUCACCCACUCAGAGGAAGUUUCUGGAAGACCUCUCACCCCAUUCUACAGGGAUAUGAUGGGCGAGAAAGGUAUUUUCCUGACAAGUGGCCACACCUGGAAGCAACAGAGACGCUUUGUCAUGACAAUUGUAAGAAGCCUGGCACUCGGAAAGAACAAUUUGGAGCAUCAAAUUCAAACAGAGGCCUGUCGCCUUGUGGACAUCUUUGCAAACACAAAAGGCAAACCUUUCGACCCCCACACUUCCAUCGUCCAUGCCAUUGCAAAUAUAAUUUGUGCUGUUGUUUUCGGUCAUCGCUUCUCCAGUGAGGAUGAAUCUUUCAGGAAACUUAUCAAAGCUAUUUAUUUUGUGAUCUACUUUCAAGCUACUAUCUGGGGCAGGCUGUAUGAUGCUUUCCCAUGGCUUAUGCACCGUCUCCCAGGGCCUCAUCAGAAAGUGUUUGCAUACAACGACUUCAUGCACAGUUUAGUCAUGAAGGAGGUCCAGGCCCAUGAGAGAGAGAAGGCAGGUGAUCCACAGCAUCUCAUUGACUUCUACCUAGCUCAAAUAAUAAAAACCAAAGAUGACCCUACUUCUACGUUCAAUAAAGACAAUAUGGUUCAGACCGUGGUUGAUCUUUUGCUGGGAGGGACAGAAACAACAAGCACCACCCUUCUCUGGGCAUUGCUCUAUAUGGUACAACAUCCAGAAAUACAAGAAAAGGUUCAGAGAGAGAUAGAUGAUGUUGUGGAACCCUCCCAUCCCAUCAGCUAUGAGGACCGUAAGAAGCUGCCGUACACCAACGCGGUGAUUCACGAGGCUCUGCGGUACAGCAACGUUACCUCUGUCGGGGUCCCCCGACAAUGCGUGAGGAGUACGACUCUGCUGGGCUUCCACAUAAAAAAGGGCACACUUGUAUUGCCAAAUCUGCACUCUGUGGUGUAUGACUCUGAGCACUGGGCAACCCCCUGGAAGUUCAACCCAGAUCAUUUCCUUGAUUUGGAUGGCAACUUUGUAAACAAAGAGGCAUUCUUACCUUUCUCAGCAGGGCACCGUGUAUGUUUGGGGGAACAGAUGGCACGAAUUGAACUGUUCAUCUUCUUUACCAACCUCCUUCGGGCAUUUACAUUCCAGCUCCCUGAGGGAGUAAAGGAAAUCAGUUCAGAGUAUGUUUUGGGUGCAAUACUGCAGCCUCAUCCAUAUAAACUCUGUGCUAUUCCACGCUAG